AUGCAAAAGAAUUCUAAGAAUACUAAACAGCAAACACUCCUAGGGUUUAUUAAAAAAUCAGAAAAAAACAAGCAAAAUUCAAAUGAAUUUCCAACUACUCCUGUAAAAUCUAUAAAUAUAUUAUCUCCUGCAAAAAAAGAUUCUUUUGAAACACCAUUUAAUACAAAAAAACAGUCAUCGAAUCAUGAAAAAACUAUUUCUUUUAAUGGUAUAUCUACCCCUUUAACUUCAAACAUAGAAAGCGAUCUGGAGAGGAGGCCACAUCUGGAGGUAGAAAGUUCUUCUCCUUUUCCUUUAUCUCCACCAUUAAAUAAUUCUCAAAAAAGAUUUAACUGUGAAGAUGAUUCAGAAGAUGAAAAUAACAUAGUUUAUACAUGUGUAAGGCGAAAAAAAUCCAAGAUUGUGGAUGAUAGUGACAAUGAAUUCAAAGCAACUAUUUUAGAAAAUAAAACUAUUCAUGAUGAAAAAGAGGAUUCAGAUUUUAUAACUAGUAAUCAAGAAAAGAAUUCAAAAAAAACGAAAAAAACAAAGAUAUUAAAGAAUAGAAUUAAAGAUAUAGAAAAGGAAAAGGAUGAGAAAUCAGAAGAAAAAAUUGUAGAAAUUAUAGAUGGAUCUCCAUCGAUUAAUAUGUCAUAUGAAAAACCAUCUUCAGAAUUUCCAUUUAAUAACCAAGAAACAAAACAACAUUUUGAGGAUAUUAGUGACAAAAAUAGUGAAAAUUAUAUGUUUUUGCUUCCUGAAUAUAGAAGAGAUGCUGAUGGAAAUUUGUCAUCAUCUCCCAAUUAUGAUGAAAGAACAUUAUAUAUACCCCCAAGUGCAUACAAGUCAUUCAAGCCAUUCGAGAAGCAAUAUUGGGAUAUUAAAUGCAAGUUUAUGGAUACAGUAGUUUUUUUUCAAAAAGGAAAAUUUUAUGAAUUAUAUCAAUUAGAUGCAGAUAUUGGUCAUCAAUUAUUUAAUCUUAAGAUGACAGAUAGAGUUGGAACUAUGAGAAUGGUUGGUAUUCCAGAAGCUAACUACGAAUACUGGGCUUCUAAAUUUAUUGCAAAAAAUUUCAAAAUUGCUCGUGUAGAUCAAUUAGAAUCAGCUCUUAGUAAAGAAAUGAGAGAUAAGAUUUCUAAAACCAAAGAAGAAAAAGUCGUUAGAAGAGAAUUAGUCCAAGUAUUAACUUCUGGAACGCUUGUUAAUGAAGGAAUUAUAAAAUCAGAGAUGUCAACAUAUUGUAUGGCGAUUAAGGACUAUAAAAUGGAUAAAUCUCAGAUAUGUUUUGGAGUAUGCUUUAUUGAUGCUUCUGUCGGACAUUUUAAUAUUACAUAUUUUGAAGAUGAUUUUAUAAGAACAAAACUUCAUACUCUUAUUACUCAGAUAAGACCAAAAGAACUUAUUUUAGAGAAAGGGAACGUCACUCCUCAAACUAUAAAACUUUUAAAAAAUUCUGGAAUUAAUGAAAUGAUAUGUAAUUUUAUAAAGCCAAAUAUAGAAUUUUGGAAUGAGCAAACAACUGAAUCAGAAAUUUUAAUGAAUGGUUAUUUCGAAAAUAAUGACUAUAAAAGCUGGCCUUCUGCACUUCAAAAAGCACGAGACUACCCAUUAGCAUUAUCUUCUGUAGGCGGUUUAAUAUGGUAUUUGAAAACACUAAAAAUGGAUAAAACUUUAUGUACUCUUGGGAAUUUCGAAUGGUAUGACCCUAUACAAAAAACUUCAUCACUUAUUCUUGAUGGACAAACCCUGAAAAACCUUGAGAUUUUUAAUAAUUCUUAUGAUGGAGGAACAGAAGGAACUCUUAUAAAACUUCUUAAUAGAUGCAUAACCCCAUUUGGAAAACGUUUAUUUCGACUUUGGCUAUGCCAUCCAUUACGUUCAGUUAAAGAUAUUAACGAAAGAUUAGAUGCAGUAGAACUAUUAAACGAUCUUUCAAUUAGAAAGAUUAUUAUUGAUUCUUUUAAAACACUUCCGGAUCUUGAACGAAUGAUUUCACGAAUUCAUGCCAAAAAUUGCAAAAGUAAAGAUUUCGUAUGUGUUUUAGAAGGAUUUAAUACUAUAUAUUGCACAUUAGAGCACCUUUCUAAAAAUAUAAAACCAAAUAAUGGCCUUCUUUGGAAUACUAUAAAUAACAUUCCAAAUCUUGUAAAUAUUCUUGAUGAAUGGCAAAAAAUAUUUAAUUGGCAAAAAUGUAAAAGUGAAGAUAUGCUUAUUCCUAAUCCUGGAAUUGAAAAGGAAUUUGAUGAUUCUCAAGAUAAAAUAAAAGCCAUUGAAAAUGAGCUUUUUCAGAUGGAAAAAGAUUAUAAAAACCAAUUCAAGUCACCUCAAAUUACUUUUAGAAAUAUUGGAAAAGAAAUAUACCAACUAGAAAUUCCUAAAUCUAUUAAAGUACCAUCUUCGUGGAUAAAACUUUCAUCUACAAAAUCUGUGAAUAGAUAUUGGUCUCCUGAAUUGAAAAAAAAAGUACGACAACUUCAAGAAGCUCAAGAAGCUCAUAAAGUUAUAAUUAAAAAUGUUCAAAAUACGUUUUUUACUUAUUUCGAUAAAAAUUAUUUCCAAUGGUUGAAAGUAAUCAAAAAUGUUGCAUAUUUAGACUGUUUAACAAGCUUAUCAAUAUCGUCUAUGGAAUUUGCAGAACCGUCUUGUCGUCCGCAAAUUGUUGAUAGUGAAUAUAGUAUUUUAGAGUUUGAUGAAUUACGGCAUCCAUGUGUAGUUCAAAAUACUUCAUCAUGCUUCGUGCCGAAUAGUAUCAAGCUAGGUGGGUCCAGAAACAAUCCAACAAUUGCUUUGCUAACAGGACCAAACAUGGCCGGAAAAUCUACUUUAUUAAGGCAAACAUGUAUUGCUGUAAUAUUAGCUCAACUUGGUUGUUGGGUUCCUGCAAAGCGUAUUGUACUUACUCCUAUGGAUUCGAUUAGAAGUAGACUUGGAGCAAGUGAUAAUAUAUUUGCAUCACAAUCUACUUUUAUGGUGGAGCUUUCAGAAACUAAAAAAAUUAUUCAAGAAUCAACUUCAAGGUCACUAGUUAUUUUAGAUGAACUCGGGCGGGGAACAUCAACUUAUGAUGGUCUGGCAAUCGCAUAUGCUACACUUCAUCAAUUAUCUACAUAUGUAGGAUGUCUUGGAUUUUUCUCUACACAUUAUCAUUCUUUGGUGAAAGACUUUGAAAAUCAUCCAAAAAUAGCUAUGUAUUAUAUGGCUGCACAUGUUGAUGAAGAUAAGAAAAAAAUAACAUUUUUAUAUGAAUUAAGACCGGGUAUGAGCUCUAAUUCAUAUGGAAUGAAUGUCGCUGCUAUGGCUGGCAUUCCCGAAGAAAUCAUCAAAAACGCAGAAAUAUCUGCUAAAAAAUUCGAAAUAUCAUCACAACAUUUUCAACUUAAUAAAGCUAGUUAUAAAUCAAGCAUUUCAUUAGCUUCUCAAAGUGAUUUUUCAUGGUUAGUAAAAUUAUCUAUGUCCAAAGAACCUAUUCCUUCUACACUUAAUCUUAAAAGACAACUUUAUGUUAUUGCGAAAUUAAAAAAAAAAGAAAGGAAUGAAAUAUAUCUAUGGGUUCGUCAAGAAUUUGAAAGAAAUAGGAAAAUUCAUGAUAUUAGAACAAUAAAAUAUUUAUAUUCUACAGGAAUACAACAACUACAACAAAUCAAUAGAUCAUUAAUGUUAUCUGAAUCAUCUAAAACCAAAGAAAAUUAA